GCACAGCUAUACAGCACACAGGCACAGGCGGAAAUGGAGAAGUAUUUAGCAAACGCUUCUAGGGGCGACCCGGGAGUCCCGCACUGCGACCCGAAAGACUUCGGGAGCUGUUGGAUCGGCUCCGCUGCCUUCUCCUCGAUCCCCUGCUUCAAUCCCUACAUGUGGCAAUUCACCGCCGAGGACAAGAAUUUGAAUAUGAGCAAUGGAGGCAAAGUCGAGAAUAAAAGAGAGCGAGAGAAUACUGUGGAUAAGCGGGUGGAUUCGCGUGAUUUUGGGAGUGCCAUAUCGAGAAUUGCAGUGGCACAGAUAUGUGAGAGUGUUGGUUUUGAGAGCUGCAAUGAAUCAGCUCUGGAUUCCUUUGCAGACAUUGCAAUUAAGUACCUUUUUGACCUAGGAAAGACUGCAACUUCCUAUGCCAAUUUAGCUGGGAGGUCUGAGUGUAAUGUAUUUGAUAUAGUUGGUGCAUUGGAGGAUUUGUAUACACACACAGGGUUUCUGGGUGCCGCAGAGGUAAACGGUUGUGGGAUGAAUUCAGGUGUUAUGAGGGAGAUAGUUGAGUAUGUUGAGUCAGCUGAGGAGAUUCCUUUUGCCCAGCCUGUGCCACACUUUCCAGUGGUCAAAGUGCCUAGGAUGAUUCCUAGUUUUGAGGAAAUGGGUGAAACACCAGAGUUUAAGCACAUACCACCUUGGUUGCCUGCAUUUCCUGACCCUCACACAUAUAUACACACACCUACAUGGAACGAGAGGGAGUCUGAUCCUCGAGCUGAUAAAAUUGAGUUAGUCAGGCAGCGUAGGAAGGCGGAGAGGUCUUUGUUGAAUUUGCAGCAGCGGUUGGUGUGCAAUGGUCUGCCAGUGGCUUCAAGCUCAGAGGAGCCGAAUGAUACUGAGAAUGGUUUGGGUCAUAACGAAAUCAAAAACCCAUUCCUUGCAAAGACAUUACAAGCCGGAGAGAAAGAUGUAUCUCCUAUUGCUCUGCCAGUUAAAUUCUCUGCCAAAGUCCACACCAACGACCAUGCCUCUUUGCUGGAGACAUUUGCUCCAGCAAUUGAAGCAAUGAAAGAUGGGCUUUCAGAAACAGGAAAUGGCAUGGAGAAGAUUGUUCCGGACAAAAGACCUGCUGUAUGUUUAGAGUUCAGACCUGGUAAGAAAGUUUUAGGCGAUUCUCUAAAUUUGAGGCUUUGGAACAAGAGUUCUUCAAGAACAGCAACAUGGUUCAGGCGAGAUGAAGAUAAAGAUGAUAAGAAGAGGAGAGCAGAGUUAAUUCUUAGGCAAUCUGUGGAAAACCAGCAGGAGCUGACCCAGUUGUAAAUUAGUUCAUGGAUGUGUUUACAGUGAAUUUGGUUAGCUGAAAAUUAAAAAACACAUUGUAUCCAUGCUGUGAAUUUCAGGUGAGUCCAUGUAGAAGUCAACCAUAGUUUCAGGCUUUUUUCAAUGUUAGUUACUAUUUUAUUUAGGAUAUGUUCAGAAUUGAUUUUCAUCCGAUUGAUCAGAUUUUUUUUUUUUUUUUUUUUUCCUGUCUGGUGGUCUCACUUUUGCCAAGUUGUAUUGAAGGAAAUUGUACUUAGAACAGGAUUUUUUAUGAUAGUGGUGAAAGGAAAUGGUCAAGUGACUAGUAGUUUCUACCAACAAAUUUGUUUGUUAGUACAAUUUCUUGUUAAUGUUUUUUCUCAAGGAUUUUGUUUAUAAGAGAAUUCAGUGGGUG